GCUGACCGCGCUGAGGCCCGGGGCUGCCGGCCGGGGCUCCCGGGCCCCCUCACGCUGCUAGAGCCGCCCGGCCGCUCUGGCCCCGGCCCGCGGCGGGAGCCGGCCACAGGCACCCCCGCUGCGGGGCCGCACGGAGCAGCGGGGGUCCCGGGGGUCUCCCGGGCGGUGCUCCGUGAGGCGCAGUCGCCGCGGCUGUGGCGAGGGGCAGCCCCGCCGCAGCCGCGCAGCGCCGGCCGGAGCCCGGCCCCUUUUCCCGGGGCCGGCAGCGGGCCUGGGGCUGCGGGCCGGGAUGAAGCAGGUAGGGGCGGCGGGCGGGGCGCGGCUCCCCCGGGCCCUGCGAGCUGACGGGCUCCCGCCGCAGGCGCUGGCGGACGACACCGAGGAUGUGUCCCUGGAUUUCGGGAGCGAGGAGGAGCUGGCGCUGCGGAAAGCGCGGAUCAGGCACCCACUGGCCACCUUUUUCCACCUGUUUUUCCGAGUGAGUGCUAUUGUUACCUACUUGUUCUGUGACUGGUUCAGCAACAGCUUUGUUGCCUGUUUUGUCACUAUUCUCCUCCUUCUAUCCUUUGACUUUUGGUCUGUCAAGAAUGUGACAGGAAGACUCUUGGUUGGUUUGCGUUGGUGGAACCAGAUUGAUGAAGAUGGAAAAAGUCACUGGGUGUUUGAAGCAAAAAGGGUGCCUACAAUAGCUGCCUCAACUGAAGCUGAAGCCCGAAUCUUCUGGCUUGGUCUCAUCAUCUGCCCAGUGAUUUGGACAAUGUUUUUCUUUAGCACCUUGUUCUCCUUGAAGCUGAAAUGGCUGGCUCUCGUGAUUGCUGGGAUCUCCCUCCAGACUGCUAAUUUAUAUGGCUACAUCCACUGCAAGUUAGGGGGACAAAAAACCAUCAGCAGAGUAACCUCAAAGUUGUUCGGCACCACAGAUGUUCCCAAGAGACAGAGCAGGAGAAUUUCAGAAGAUGGCACUGAAGAACACGGGAAGACACGCACUAGGUAACCAAACAAGGAAGAGCUAAAGGAUGAGCAGUAAAAAAAGUAAUUCAUAAAAGUUGUUCUUCAUGGGAAGAUAUUUAGAUAAAGCUCUUCUAGAAUUAUGCCUGCAUGGAAUAAAAUCAUUUUUGUUUGAGUCUUUAGAUCCCAGAAGGUUUAAAGCCUUUGUUACUUAAAAGCUUCACCAAAAAGUUGUUCGUACGAACACAGACAGUGCUCAUAGUUUACAAGGAGCAUGCUGCUUUCAGAAAAGUUGUCAACUAACCUCAAACUGUUGGAUUAUCUUAACCAGAAAUUACAUGUAAUGAAAAUACAAUGCUGAUUUGUUUAACUAUGAAACUACAAUAAACAAAAUCAAACUGCCUUUC